AUCGGAUUCUGGAACACCACCAAAACGAAACCAGCUAUAAAAAAUGAUAUAAAUAUUUCCCAAGGAAAAUCCGCGGUUGCUCUCCUACUAGGGCAACGUGGGUUUGCCGCCAUAUCCUCCACCGGAAUCUUCAAAGAAUCACAGCUCAAUCCCGGUAGCCGGCCAUGUCCAGGGCUCGUGUCUACGCCGAUGUCAACGUUCAGCGUCCCAGAGAUUACUGGGAUUACGAAUCCCUCGUCCUUCAAUGGGGCGAGCAAGACGAAUACGAGGUUGUUCAGAAGGUUGGGAGAGGAAAAUACAGUGAGGUGUUUGAGGGUAUAAAUGUAACCAACAAUGAGAAAUGCGUGAUCAAGAUCCUUAAACCAGUCAAGAAAAAGAAGAUUAAAAGGGAGAUAAAGAUAUUACAGAAUCUUUGUGGUGGUCCAAAUAUUGUGAAGCUACUUACUAUUGUCAGGGAUGAGCUCUCAAAAACUCCCAGUUUGAUCUUUGAACAUGUUAACAGUACGGAUUUCAAAACACUGUACCCCACACUGACGGAUUACGACAUUCGCUACUAUAUAUAUGAACUUCUCAAGGCAUUGGAUUACUGUCAUUCACAGGGCAUAAUGCAUCGAGAUGUAAAGCCUCACAAUGUUAUGAUUGAUCAUGAGUUGCGGAAACUUCGCCUGAUUGAUUGGGGUCUUGCUGAAUUCUAUCAUCCUGGCAAAGAAUACAAUGUCCGAGUAGCUUCAAGGCACUAUAAAGGGCCUGAGCUCCUUGUUGAUUUGCAAGACUAUGACUAUUCAUUAGACAUGUGGAGUCUUGGCUGCAUGUUUGCAGGAAUGAUAUUUCGCAAGGAACAAUUCUUUUAUGGUCAUGAUAACCAGGACCAGCUUGUGAAAAUCGCUAAGGUUCUUGGAACAGACGAAUUACAUGCAUACUUGGCUAAAUAUCAUCUUGUGCUUGAACCUCAGCUCGAGGCUCUUGUUGGAAGUCACAGCAAGAAACCAUGGCAAAGAUUUAUUACUCCAGACAAUCGACAUCUUGUUUCUUCAGAGGCCAUCGAUUUUCUAGACAAGCUUCUUCGAUAUGAUCAUCAGGAAAGGCUUACAGCAAAAGAAGCGAUGGCUCAUCCAUACUUUUCAGAAGUGAGAAGCGCAGAAAAUAGCCAGAUGCGGUAACACCGUCCAAAACUAUGGAGAAUCUUUGUAAGCCAGGAAGUGCAGGUGGCUGCUGUUACAUCAUACUGAUUACAUAGCUUAGAUUCAUCGCACCUAGAUUUUCCUUUUUGUUUUAUCUUUUCACUCAUUGUAUUCUUACUUGUUCCGAGUGUGUACAGUGAUAUCAAUCACUCCUUCAAUUCUUUGAAUGAUUUUUGGGUUUGGAUCCAUACAUUGUAUAAGCUAUAGCUUUACGACUUGAACCCCUGGAAUCUCUGUUUACAAUUUAUAGGUAAAUGUGUUGGAAUUUACCCAGAAAGCAUUGUUAUCAGCAUUUGAUUGUUUCAAACAUCCAUUUACU